AUGCAGCCAGAAGAUGGAUCAAUAAUCUCAGCACAAAGCUGGCAUGUUCAAAGGAUUUAAUUUUUUUAUAUAACAGCUUUAGCCAAAGCUAUUCUAGGAUUCAGCGGAAGCAGAAUUUCAUGAGAGGACAAACUUCUUGACUAAUGGCCAAUCACUAAUCAGCAGGGAGGGCAAAGCCUAGUGUUUGUGUCACGGCCUGGAGUGGUGGGGGUGAGUGGGGCAUCAGUAUCAAAUAGUAAAUCGGGACAACCGGCCUGGUCAGUCUUGCCCUCACAGCCCCUCUGAGCAGCCUGUCAGGAGGCAGCAGACGGAUCAAUGGUCAAGCUGGGGGGGAUUUACUCUGCUGCAGGCUAUUGGAAAGCAGAUUUUUGCCUCACAGACGUCCACAAAAUGCCUUAUUUUACAAGACUCAUUUUGUUCUUGUUUUGCCUGAUGGUUCUCGUGGAGAGCAGAAAGACCAAGAGGAAGCGAUGGACAGGGCAGGUGGAGACGCCCAAGCCAAGCCACUUAUAUAAGAAGAAUCUCGAUGUGACCAAGAUCCAUAAGGGAAAGCCUCAGCAGCUUCUCAGAGUGGAUGAACAUGACUUCAGCAUGAGGCCCGCCUUCGGAGGCCCUGCCAUCCCGGUGGGUGUGGACGUGCAGGUGGAGAGCCUGGACAGCAUCUCCGAGGUGGACAUGGACUUCACUAUGACCCUGUACCUGCGGCAUUACUGGAAGGAUGAGAGGCUCGCUUUCUCCAGUGCCAGCAACAAGAGCAUGACCUUCGAUGGUCGGCUGGUGAAGAAGAUCUGGGUCCCCGACGUCUUCUUUGUUCACUCCAAAAGGUCAUUCACACAUGACACCACUACUGACAACAUCAUGCUGAGGGUGUUCCCCGAUGGACAUGUGCUGUACAGCAUGAGGAUUACGGUCACUGCCAUGUGCAACAUGGACUUCAGCCACUUUCCCCUGGACUCCCAGACCUGUUCUUUGGAGCUGGAGAGCUAUGCAUAUACAGAUGAAGAUCUGAUGCUGUACUGGAAGAAUGGGGAUGAAUCCCUAAAAACAGAUGAGAAGAUCUCCUUGUCUCAGUUUCUGAUUCAGAAAUUUCAUACAACUUCCAGACUGGCCUUCUACAGCAGCACUGGCUGGUACAACCGUCUGUACAUUAAUUUCACGUUGCGUCGUCACAUCUUCUUCUUCUUGCUCCAAACUUAUUUCCCCGCCACACUGAUGGUCAUGCUGUCCUGGGUGUCCUUCUGGAUCGACCGCAGAGCUGUGCCUGCCAGAGUUUCACUGGGUAUCACGACGGUGCUGACCAUGACCACUAUCAUCACGGGCGUGAACGCCUCCAUGCCGCGCGUCUCCUACGUCAAGGCCGUGGACAUCUACCUCUGGGUCAGCUUUGUGUUCGUGUUCCUCUCGGUGCUGGAGUACGCGGCCGUCAACUACCUGACCACCGUGCAGGAGCGGAAGGAACGGAGGCUGCGGGAGAAGUUCCCAUGCAUGUGUGGAAUGCUUCAUUCAAAAACCAUGAUGCUGGAUGGAAGCUACAGUGAGUCUGAGGCCAACAGCCUGGCUGGGUACCCCAGAAGCCAUAUCCUGACGGAAGAAGAAAGGCAAGACAAAAUAGUGGUCCACCUGGGCCUGAGUGGUGACGCCAACGCUGCCAGAAAGAAGGGGCUCCUAAAGGGCCAGAUGGGUUUUCGUAUCUUCCAGAACACCCAUGCCAUUGACAAAUACUCCAGGUUGAUAUUCCCUGCCUCCUACAUAUUUUUCAACUUAAUUUAUUGGUCAGUGUUUUCCUAGGGCCUCCAAGGCUGUUCCUAGAAGAAGGCAUAGACUUGGAGGGGCCUGGCCAGUCAUGGACAGAUGGACUUGUUGACCACACACCCCUCACCAGACAGAGCAGCAGCUGCUGGACCACCCUGAGCAGGACCCAUCUCUCAGAGGAGCCCAGGAGCCCUCCAACUGCCCUGACCCUGGACCUUGUGAGGUUGCUCUUUGUUCAUUCUGUGUCUCACGUCACACUUCAUGUCUCUCUGGGACCGCCGUCUUCUGUUCUUGUGUGUGAACUAGUUCACAAGAACUCUCCUCCUAUAAACAAGGACUCGAAUGCCUUCCAGACAUUCUUAGAUCCUCAGGAUGCCUAGGAUUCAGUUAUGGAGGGUAAAGAAAAAACCAGAGGGCAAGUGUAGGGGCAUUCUGGAUAGGAGACAGGAAAUUAGGAACAAACCUCCCCUGUAAAUGCAUACAACUGGAUCAAGUGCCUGUCUAGAAGGAAAAAGAGCUCAGAUCCCAGACAGGAAGUGAUUUGGCCUAUGGGAGUAUGGCAACCCACAGGAUUUUGCAAUAUUAGAGAAGAGUAUUCAUAUAACCAUCCAUUCAACCAUUUAUUAAAUAUCGAGGUCCCACUCUGCACCAGGUACUGUGGAAAUGAAAAAAAGAGUCUCUUUCCUUAGGGAUCUUCUCUAAGCUGUGCUCAUUCUACAUGUGGCGUGAUGUGCUCCUGCUCUUUCCCCUCCCUCAACCCCCCUUUCCCCACAGACCCAUUCUGUUUGCUGUUGCUUUUACUCUUAGGCAUAUAAGGCAGUGUCCAGGAGAGACAAGGUGCAGAACCUUCAACUGUCCUCCUCCAGUGGAGUUACGCAGACAGCACUGAUUUUGCCCAGCAAUGAUGAUGCCUGGCGACGUGCAUGGAGUAUUGCCAGCCAGGGAAACUCACCCAAGCUCACCAAAAUGUACAGUUUUUUUUGUUGGCGUUGGCCAUGGAUUUAUGGCUGAUUGCCCACAUGACUGACUUUAGUCUUUAGCCCCACCAGAAGUUGAGCUUGUACCUUGAGGUCCAGGGCACCCAUCAUAAAUCACACUGCUGGCAUAGACUAUCUGGUGUGGUCCAAGGCCCCAGUACACAAAGACCCUCUGUCACGCAGGAUAUCCCAAGGGCAUAGAGGUUGCCUUCCAGGGGUUGGGGCCAAGGUUCAAACAACCUUUAUUUGGGCAAGGUUAGUCCUUUACUACACAGCAACUCUUGUCAAUUCCUUAUCAUUAAUAUUAAUUGCAGUGUUACUAUUAUAUAUUCAGGCAAUAAACGUUUUAAAAUAUCUCUGCACUAAGUAUAGUGGGGUCCAAAUGAAGAAUAAGAAUAGUCAAAGCUCUCAGAGAAGGAACUAGUAGAGGAAAUGCUACACAGAUAUCUAUAAUGUAAGGUUAAGACUGUUUAGUGCCUCAGUAAUGGUUCAAUGUGAGAUGAGAAUUCCGAGGAAGGAAAAAUAGUCCCACUGAGGAGAUGGGCCUCAUGAAGAAAGCAGCCCUGAGAUGCCCCUUGAAGGUCAGGAUUUUAAGAAGAAAUUUUAAAGAUUCUAGGCAGAAUACAUCCUAGAUCCAGGCUGUUUAAUGUGGUAGCCACUAGCCACAUGCCUAUUUAAAUUUAAAUUAGUUAAAAUGCAAAUGUUAGCCGGGCAUGGUGGUGUGUGC